AUGUGGCUUCUUCCAUACGCGUCUUCCUCUACCGUCGGGAUGAUCCGCAUGCUACAGUUUCUCGCAGUGGUAGCGGUAAUCGAUGCCACGAUGCCUCCAGAAUUUUCGACCUCACUAUCAAUUACAGACCUACCGUUGCCACCAGCAUCAUCGCCACCAUUCCAGACCUUCCUGACGGUGAACCGGUGUGAGGAGUAUACCGUGCAGCACCUAAACUUUGUGGAACGGUCGAAGAUCCCGAUCGAUUGUCGUUGCCCUCCCGGAUACGUAGCUGUACCUGUGUACGGGCAGACUAACCGAACAUUGUGCGUUGGUAUCCGGGCGGCACAUCCCUGGCAAGAUGGAUGUGUCCCAUCCGGAACCGCUACCGACUUUUACGAUUUAGAUCCGACCGAGCUUGGCGUAGUGCGGGAAGUUUUAAUCCGCAAUAAUGUGUCCGAAUGUUGGAUCUCUGCCCGGCGAUUGCUCAAGUACGGAGAGCUGGUGAGCCGACUGCCUGGAACGCGAUGGAACGCACCUGUUGAGCUAUCGCAACCAUACAGCGUUCCACUGGGUGAGGCCUACUACAGCAAGGAUCAUGACUGUGCGAUGCUGCGCAUCGAUCACCAUACCACACAACUGUCCUACCAGCAUUGCUCGACUAUCCUACCGCAGCUUUGUUUGUACCGCGAAGCCAAUCUGCUCCAGCUACACUGUGAUGCGGACGAGUACACGACACGAUAUGCGAGCUAUCAGCGGUAUUGUUUUAGCAUUCGGAAGAGCAAUUGGGACACUGUUGGUAUGCUAAAACUGCAAGCACAGUUUAGGAUGGUGAUGAAUGUGAACGGCAUCUUUUCGAUCGAUAGCAAUCGAAAGGGACAACUGUUGGUGGAGAUGUACGAUGCAUCGAAGGAUUGUAGCGCGAGCUCGAACGUGAUCUACGCUGAUCAGCAGGAGAGUACACAUCAUGCACACAAGCGCGAUCUGGAAGAGUCGAACGAUUCUGAAGCGAUUCUUCACAAAAACCUGAUACCGAUCGUAUCUGCCAAUCCGAAAAACUACGCCUGUAUCGCCCAGCAGCGGUUGCAGAUAGAGGGCGACAGUUUAGUCACUACCGAUGGUACCGGUCCCAGUAUGUAUCUGUACUUCGAUAAGGCGCGCCAUAAGCUCUUCCUUACCGUGUACGGCGAUCGUUGGUUUUGGCGGGAAAACGGCUCCAGCGCUGGGUUCGUAUGCUUCACCAACACCAACGACGAACAGCUGCACCGUCCAAAGGUAACGAAAUUGCGUGCGUCCCGCGUCAAAUGGGGUGAACCCGCACGGAACGGUUGGUCCGAUGCGAACCGGACGAUGUACGAGGUGAAGCUGAAAGAGUACGGCCCACCAAGACCGUACUGGUGUGAGGCACAUUUGGUGCCGGACUUUACCCUCAUCAGGACAAACACCGUGCUGGCCCAACGGAAAGCGAACUGUAGGCGGUACUUUUCCGCUACGAUCGAGUUGCUGCUGAAUAGGUCCAGUAUCCGUAGUCCGGAAGCGUUACGACUCAAGGAUUACGAUCGCCGCGUUGGAGAGUACAUUAAAACCCGACGGAAACGGCUACCCGAGCUAAAGCACAUCUUCGAAGCAAUUAGACAGAUUGACGUCAAGCGGGUGGAAGACUAUUGGACUUCGGCUAAUAUUGAGUGGUACACGGUGCGGUUACUGCUGCACAUUGUCACCAAAUGUGGAAAGAAGUGGGACAAACCGGAACUGUUGGAGCACGAUGAAAGCAACGAAAUCGAACUUCCUUCGAAAUAUUUGGACUACUAUCAAACGCAUAAAAGCUUAACUACUGCACUCGAGUCGCUGAACGGUGAGAGAUUUCGAUUCCUUGGGAGUAAUAGCACAGAGUACUGUCUACCUGUCAGUCUUAAGCUGCAGCCAGGGAAAAACGUGUGGUGGCCCGCACGAUUAGGUGAAACAGUUGCACCAAGAAAUCUCUGCCUAAUAGAACACAGUGGGCUACCGAUAACUAGACGCUGCCUAGGAGACUAUUUGUACGGAUGUGCCUGGGACUGGGAUCCGGGCAGUGAUCUGUGCUCCAAUCAAAACCAUCCAACAACAAACCUCCUGUACAGAUACAGUGUUAGUCAGCUGAAUCAAAGUGUGCUGGGUGAUGUUCUCAACAGCGCGGUAGAUGUACUAGCCAUCCCGGAGAACGUCAUACCUGCCGAUCUUUUCUACAUCUCCAAAACGCUCGAAAACAUUCCCACGCUACUGGUUGGCCCGAACGGGUCGACUGCUGAGGCACGGGAUGAACAACCCGGUAGGCAAUACUUCUGCAACAUUAGCAAUAUCUUGAAUCGGGUGAUGUAUUUAAACGAAACGACCGUUGUACUGUCACAGAGGGCGUUGAAUACUACCAACAUUUUGUUGGACGCUACCGAAACGAUCGUGAAUGAACUGGCGCUGGCGAACGAUACGCUGGUGUUGAUGCAGGAGGGUGGUCAGUACGAUUGUCAGGAUCAGUUAGAGCAUCAGGUUCGACGAAACGAUGGCACGGUACUGUUUCGUACCGCAAGGUUGAUUGUGUUGAUAGCAGAUCCUACUGUGGCAAACGUGACUGGAUUGGCUUUGUUUCGUAACCGAACAUCAUCUCGUCCGGAGUCGGACGAUGCUUCGGAUGUUGUGGAAGAUCCCGGUCAAGAAGAUUUUGGUGAUUACAGCCUGCGGUACUUGUACAUGAAUCAAUCCAUAGAGUCACUGCUAGCGGAAGAGGACCUCGAAAUAGGGUCCUUCAUUCCGCAGUACGUGCUCGAAAGUUUGGAUGAGCUUAAUGCAGCAUUUACAACGCCGGAUGAAGAGGAAGAUCCCGAAACUGUUGAUGCUACCACACUACCGACAAGUGAGACUGCCGAGGACCCACUGUCAGCUCCGAAAUUGCUGCGCAUUAUCAUCACCAUCUACUACAACGAUCACGCAUUUCGGGAAACGAGAAACGGUACCAUAGCACGCCCCAACUCGAAGAUCAUCAGCGUCAGUCUGCCCGGGUACGGAUCACGAAUGCCGGACGAAAUCCCAAUCUACACCCGUGCACAAACCCGCGAACUUCCCGGACGUUGCGGGUACUGGUCGUUCGAGACGGACAAUACGACCGAGUUCGGGCACUGGUCGUACGAUGAGUGCCGUUUACUAAACGUUUCCGGCCCGCUAGCAGUGUGUGGUUGCUUUCAUCUGACAUCGUUUUCGCGGCUAACGAAAGACAUACAGAUGGUGGAAACGGUAGGCGUUUCGCAGAAGUUUAUUGCGGACAAGGGUACGCUAGCGUUGGACAUCAUAACAGCGAUCGGUUGCUCGAUGUCACUGCUCGGUGUGGUGGGAAUAUUUGCCACCGCUAUACUCUUCCCCAGUUGGCGAGCGAAGGCGAGCAGCAAAAUUCUACUCCAACUGUCGUGCGCGAUUGCUGUCGAGAUGAUAAUUAUUUUUCUCGAAGGGCCAGACAUUGAUCAGAACCGCAUUAGUCAGAUUGAAUGUGCACUGCUCGGUGCCAUCUUUCACUACAUCAUUCUUGUGACGUUUAUGUGGAUGCUAAUAACCGCCUAUCUGCAGUUUAUGCGGUACGUUAAAGUGCUCGGUCGGUUACGGCCGGCUCACUUCAUUCUAAAGGCGACGGUUUGUUGCUGGGGCGGACCACUGCUAGUGGUUACGUUGUUCCUCAGCCUGGACUACACGCUGUACCUGAAGCGGGACAACCUGUCGGACAUCUGUUACCCGCACGGGACGGCACUCUGGUACGGGUUGUUGCUGCCGAUCGGCUUGAUUAUCUUUGUAAAUCUCAUCAGCUUUGUGAUAGUGCUGUACCACAUCUUUACCAUCCCGAACAACCUGACGAAGACGGCUGACCAUGCGAUGACGCUGGCCCAGCUACGAUUGUCCGUGUUUUUGUUCUUUUUGCUCGGAUUGCCGUGGAUAUUCGGUAUGCUCACGACCGGGACGGAGGACAAGCUGUUCGCCUACCUGUUCUGUCUAACCGCACCGGUACAGGGGUUCGUGCUGUUUAUCUACUUUGUAGUAAUGGAUCCCACAGCCCGUCGGUUCUGGUGCCGCAAGUUGCAGCGCGUUCCGUGCUUUCCACGCACCGCUAAACAGAUGGAUGGUGAACAGACGACAUCACCAAACACAUCGUUCAAUACGUAUCUUUGAGAUGGCGAUACUUCUGUGGCACU